UAUUCAUAAUUCCUUCCAGUCCAACUUAAUAGAUAUCCUUCGACUAAUGUUCGCUUGAUUGAAUAAUCAUUCGUAGUAUUGUACUACCUUCCACGUCCUUUUAUGUAAAACUCGAACGACAGUAUGCAAAUUUAGAAUAUUCAAUCACUAUCACUUUCGAUCGAAUUGGUAUCGAAUGAAGUAACUAAGACACGUACGAUUCCUAAUAAAAUUCACCAAUUUCACUUCCCAUUGGCGAAACACCCAGUACAAAUUAUAAAUAUCGUUCGAUUUGCAGUCACUAUCAGGUCGACAGUGAAACGAGCAUCAACCAUGUCAUCUACCAAGGUUAUUCUGUCAAUAUUGGUCAUCUACCUGUCGUCUGUGAGAUGUUCAGUGGCGCCUGCUGUAGCUCUUGCGCAACCUCCAAUCACAUACGCUAGAUUUGCUCCACCAAGCACGAUUCCAUUCGCUGCAAGUGUAAGCACUUUCACCAAGGGACUCAAUGUUUACGCAGCACCAUAUGCAGCUGGAGUGUCUCCUUACCCUUAUUUCACAAAAUCGCUCUAUCCUUCAGCGCCAGGUUACCCCGCAGCUUAUUCACCAAACUUCUUCCCUGCUGGAGUACCAGCCCCUGGUGUAGUUACACCAAACGCUGUAGUUCCUUCCCCCCUCUACCCAAACUCGUUUAGAGUAUCACCAAAUUUCCUCACGAGAGCAGUACCAGUUCCUAACUAUCCAGGUGCUUUUGGAGUGCCAGCAGCCGCACCUGGUGUCGCAGUUCCUUCAUCGCUUCUACCAGCACCGUUUGGUGUGGAGGGUAGGUCGGUCCACGCUGUUGGGCAGGCAGUUCCUGUCGCACCUAACUACGGUUGAGGAAACUUGCAGUAUUUAUUGCAGACGCGUGAUGAUUGAGAGUUACUAUU